AUCUCAGCGUCGCCCUCGUUGGCUAUCAAUUUCGCAGCACAAGCCCGCAUUUUUCCCGCCAGUAGAAGAGGCGAAGGAAAGCAUCUUUCAUCUCCCUCUUACUCUCUCACAGAGAUCAUUAGGGUUUCCUUUGGCGUGGAUUUGUUUCUUGGUCAACCCUUUGAAGCCAAUUGCUUUCGCUUACCCGACGAGAGUUAGGGUUUUUAGAUCGGUGGUUGAUGCGUCAGAAUGGCACCGUUGGGUUGGGAACACCACGCUUUAAUUCAGGCGCUUUUGUCUCGUGGCCCGCUAAAGGAGCGAGAGUUUCACGACAUUUUCGCUGGUAUCACUGGGAAAAAUCCAGUUACACACAAGCAACUGUUCAAUGAUUGUCUGCUCAAGAUAAACAAGUGGUUGGAUUUUGUCCAAUUUGAGCUACGAGCAUGCAUGGACCAAUAUGAUGGAAGCAUUUAUUAUGGAAUUGUUAACAAUGUUUCUGAUGAGCAAUCCAAGCUUGGAACAAAGUAUUCUGUACCACAGAUUGUGUUUUAUAAGGCUAUUUUAGAAGCAAUGGUUUUGAAGGGAAUGAAUCAAGGAUGUAUAACCAGUAUUGAUGCUCUAAAUAUUCGCCUGGAAAAUCAGGUCCAGGAUGGACAGGCUCCACAGGACAGCCAAUCUCGUAUACCUGCAGCAUUUAAGACUUUCACUAUUUCUCAGAAAGAAAAAACUCUCAGUGAACUCAUACGGGACCAGUGGCUGUCGUCUACUUCAGAUGGUACAAUUGGUCUUGGGAUCCGUUCUUUUCUCGAUUUGCGUAGUUGGUUUCUCAAUAAUGAGGUUGUAACAUGCCAUGUCUGCAAUGAAGCUGCUAUAAAGGCUGAACAUUGUCCCAAGGAAGGAUGCCCUAUCCGUAUGCACAAUUACUGUCUAACGAAAAUUUUCAAGCGUAAGCAGAUUGCAAGAGUUUGUCCUGUCUGUGCCACUGAAUGGCACCCUUCUGAUUGCCAUGAAGAAGUAGAAGAAAAGGUGAUAGAGGCUUCCUUACAUAUUAAUGAAGUCCUAAACAUUCCUUACCCACGUAAAAAGAGGACAAGAAACUUGAAAGCAGAAUUGUUUACAGCUGAUGAAGCUCAAAGCCAAAUGAUUUCUGGUCCUGCUCUGAGGAAGAGGCUGAGGAGCUGCAAAAAUGAAAUCAUGGAGACCGAGGAUGCGGAACCAUCUCGCUCGUUACCUGGUUCCACUAUUGGUAUGAGAACUCGCCGAUCUGGACGCAUAUAGUUUAAUCAUUCUUGCUCUGCUGCUUAUAUGAGCUGAAGCAUGAGCUCUGUUCCAUUUUUGUAAUGUAUAGUUGAGAACUUUUAUUACUGUUUUUGUUCUGUCGUUGUUAGUCUUAUGAAUCGUAGGACUAGUGAUCAUAUUUUGGUUAUAAAUGCAUC